AUGGAGGAAAAAACCUAUAUACAGUCACUCAUUGCACAGUACUUGAAAGAUGCAGGCCUCAACAAGACACUCACCGCAUUGGAACAGGAGGUGAACAAGAAGUUCACUACUCCGGUUCACGAUGAAUCACUAGAGUCAAUAGUGAGAGAUAGAAUCAACUUCCAGGCUUUAUCCCAGUUUUCCGACCCAGACCAGAAUGUGAACACGUUGGACGUGUUCACGCAGUCGGACACCAUCAAGGCGAAGAACAUAGUACUGCCCAACUGGUCAAUCAAGUAUCCCGAUAGCUGUGAGUUUUUGAACCUAGGGACACUCAAUUCUCUCAUCAUCUAUUCGUCUUUCUUUCAGGCUAUGGUGCGGGAGAAGGUCUACAACUUGGGUUUGUUUGUAACCAACACAAGAUGCAUUUUCGUAAUAGACAUGGACUCCAGCCAGAUUUUGUUGAGCUCGCUUGACCCUCUGCAUGGCCAGACGAUCAAAAUCAUAUGGGGGGUAACCAUGACAGACCACAUCAUUGUGUGCGACAUGAACGGAAGUGUCACGUCGAUGAAGUUCACGGUUGAUGGCGAAGACAAUUGGGACUUGGUGGCAUCCACCACCACCGAGGGGUCUAGCAGUUUGAAGUUGCACAGACGAUUGAUUACAGAUUUCAAAUACAUCAGGUUCACGAGCGACGAAAAUCCUUCCCUGUUGGGCUACUUUGCGUCAAUAGGCUGGGAUGGGCGUGUUACUGUGGGAAGAGCACAGCGUGUGGGUGAAGAAAUCAAGUUCUCGAUAAUUGGUGACUACAAACUGUUCACAAACCCGACGUCUUUGCUUUUGACUGAAGAUAGAAACACGCAUUUACCUGUUGUUCUGGUUGGAAGACUAGAGAGCUCUUUGUUAACGAUGUUCACAAUAACGUCUCAUAAUCCAAGCGCCUCCAAGCUUGUUGAGGUUGCGAAGUUAUCUUUGAAUGACUCGGAAUUUUCCAGCCACUCUUUCCAGCCAAUGGCAAUUGCAGAAAUAUCAUCCAUCGAUGACGAUAUAAUUAUCACCAUUGCAACUGAUCAUGUGCCAUAUAUGAGACUUAUAACUGUUCUUGUUCCGUCCUUAAAGGAGAUUUUUGUCACCGAGUUGCAGAACAAUGGAGAGCAACCAUUCUCUUCUCCUGACAUACUUUCUCUGUUGAAAGAAAAAGCUUCAAAGAGUGAAGAGAACAUCGAAUCCUUCCAUUCCAAAACACUGAUUUUGAGAUCCUAUAUCAUAUCCAACUUCAACUCACUUUCUCCGCAAGACAAAUACUCUAACGCAAUUAUACUCUGUAGACCACACUGCUCUGGACUUUGGAUACCCGGAGAUGACGGUAUGUUGAGAGGCUUUGAUUUGAGAACAGGAACAGUGGUCGAGACUUUGAAAUCCAAUGAUGGAAGAGCCAAGUCAGCAUUUAUUGGGAAACUUGGAAAUGACUCUGAAGUCAUUGUUGUUUGCGGCGCAGUCGAUAAAAAGAUUUCGAUCUGGAAAUGCACAUAG